CGUGCGCCCGUCCCGUCCCCUCCCCGCUCCCGUUAUGGGCCCGGGCCCGCCCGGUGUGGGACCCCCGGUACCCGGUGGGUCACUCCUGGUGCCCAGUGUAGGACUCCCAGUGCCCCGUGGGUCACUCCCGAUGCCCGAUGGGUCAUUCCCGAUGCUCGGUGUGUCACUCCCGGUACCCGGUUGGUCACUCCCGGUGCCCGGUGGGUCAUUCCCAAUACCCAGUGGGUCAUUCCCAAUACCCAGUGGGUCACUCCCGGUGCCCGGUGGGUAACUCCCGGUGCCCGGUAUGGGUCACUUCUGGUGUGUCACUCCCAGUUCCCCGUGGAUCACUCCCGGUGCCCGAUGGGUCACUCCCGGUACCCGGUCGGUCACUCUGGUUGGGUCACCCCCGGUGUCCGGUGUGGGACUCCCGGUGGGUCACGGCCAUGACGUCACGGGCGCCCCCUGGCGGCGGCCACGCUCCCCGGUGGUCACAUGACCGGGCGGGCGGAAGAUGGCGGAGCCGCCGGGCGCCGCCGCCGCCGAGGACUCGUGGGGGAAGGUGGGGCCGGGAUCGGGUCGGGCCGGGCCGCCGGGUGCCGCGGGGGCGCAGGGCGGCGCGCCGGCACGGGGCUCGUGGCGGCCGGGCAGGGUGGACGCGGCCUACGGCGACAAUGGCCUGGACUCCGCGCUCUUCAUGGAGAAUGCGCGGAAAGGCAGCAUAGUGUCCCGGGCCAACAGCAUCGGCUCCACCAGUGCCUCUUCUGUCCCCAACACAGACGACGAGGACAGCGACUGCGCCCAGGAGUCCCCCAAGGAGACCUACAAGGACCAGCGGCGCCGGGCACACACCCAGGCCGAGCAGAAACGCCGGGAUGCCAUCAAGAAAGGCUACAAUGACCUGCAGGCCAUUGUCCCCACCUGUGAGCAGCAGGAUUUCUCCAUCAGCUCGCAGAAGCUCAGCAAGGCCAUUGUGCUGCAGAAAACUAUUGACUACAUCCAGUUCCUGCACAAAGAGAAGAAAAAGCAGGAGGAGGAAGUUUCUACCCUCAGGAAAGAUGUGAUGGCCUUGAAGAUCAUGAAAGUGAACUAUGAGCAGAUUGUGAAAGCUCAUCAGAACAACCCGAACGAGGGGAAGAACCAGAUCUCUGAUGAGGUGAAGUUCAAUGUUUUCCAAGGCAUCAUGGACUCCCUGUUCCAGUCCUUCAACGCCUCGGUCUCCGUAACGAGUUUUCAGGAGCUCUCAGCGUGUGUCUUCAGCUGGAUUGAGGAGCACUGCAAGCCCCAGACGCUGCGGGACAUUGUCAUCGGGGUCCUGCACAAGGUGAAGAGCCAGCUCUACUGAGCCUCCCGUGCCACUGCUGUGCCCGUGGGGAUGGGGCACUGCUGCCAGAGGCCAGGGUGCCAGGCACCACCCUGGGCCCUCUCCCUUGUGGCUGUUUUUAAGGUUCUCUGAAUUAUUUAUUGUAUUCCUUCUGAAGCCCAACGGUGGCUGUGCAGACACUGCUGCUCCACUCGGUGCCACCAAAUCUUUACAGGGACUGGGCAGGAGGGGAGGGGAAGGUGGGGGCAGAGUCUCUGGCUCAGGCAGUGCCAUGGGCUUGCCUGUGCCACUGACUCUCCUUGCAGAGCUGAUCCCAGAGCAGCUCCACUCUGUGCCCUCAGCCCCUGUGACAGCCCUGCUGUCCCCAAGGUGGGCAAAUGUGACAAAAGCAUAGUAAAAACAAUGGGUUUCUGGUAUAGCAGCAGGAAUUGCUUUUCCCUGGCCCUCUGGGCUGUGCCCUGCCCCUCUGAGGCAGCUGUUUUGAGUCAGCUGUUGUAUUUUGGAGGAGCCUGGCAUUGCUGGCAGCAGGAUGAGCCCAUCAAGAGCUGGGAGCUGUGGCCCUGGCAGCACAUGCUAGGGCCUUGAUGAACCCCAAGCAUGCUGCAGCCCAGGGAAGGAACAGAGUGAAGUUCCUGCAAGUGCUGGGACACCUCUCCUUUUCAGAAACUGUGGCUGUAUUGCACAGCAAAGAUCUGCAGCUGUAGCACAGCUGCUCCUCCUUAGAACUUUUAUACACACACAUACAUGACCAGCCUCGAUUGGAUUUUUAUUACUGUAAAUUUUGAAAUGGUCCCAGAGUGCUGCCUGUGCCAGCUGUAGAAGCAGCUGCUAUCAGGGACAUGUUUGACCCUGUCCCAUGCCCAGUUUGGGUCUCAGCUCUGCCUGGGUGAGGGGACCAGGGUGCUGCCAGCAGCAGGGUUUGUUCUCCAUCACCAUGUUUGUGCUCCUGCCCCAGGGGCACAUCCAGGGAAUGUUUAUUUCAGGCAGUUUUUCCAGCACUGAGGAGGGAGUGCUGCCUCCUGCCUUGGGAAGAAGACGUGGAAUUUUACAGACCUCACACGUGAAAGUGAUGUAUUUUUCUAUUGUGAAAAGUAAUUAAAUAAAUUUCACUGAAUGUUUUGA